GAGGCUCACAAAGAUGCAGAGAGAAUAAUGGGAGGGAGCAUAUGUGAGUGUUUUAGAGAAUCAGACGAGAGUGAAUGUCACACAGAGUAACUGCGAAGGGAAAGCCAGACUUGUUUUUCUCGUUUCUGCAUAUGUCGAGAAGGUAGGAUUCUUGUGUAAACAGCUCAGCUUAGUGCUCUUACAACUCAGCAUGAGGAUUGGUCUAUGUGCCCUGGAUUUAAACACUCAACCCACACUAAAAGACAAUAGAUGUCUGCAUCACCACCUCCGGUGGCCCCUAGAAAGCAUUCAGGUGUCAGAGUCAUGAUAAUGCCGGGAGAGCAGCCUCCUCCUAGUGGCCUGCCCAUCUACACAGAUUUUGGCAAAGAAAAGGGUGCCAGUGGGGAGUCAAAUGAUACAUCUCUAUUGAAUGCAGAGAGAGAAGUGGAGAUUAUGAACCACUGCUUUGACGACGUGGAGCGAUUCAUGGCACGCUUGCAGCAGACAGCUGAGGCCCAGAGUGUUCUCAACCAAACGAAGAAGAAGAAAAGCAGAAAGAGCAAGAAGAAUAAGGACCAAGAUGAUGAUUUGUUGACCCUGAAAGCUUGCCCUCCAUCAGAGGAAGAAUUUGUGGACAUCUUUCAGAAAAUCAAGUACUCCCUCUGUCUUCUCGACCGUCUAAAGUCAUCCAUCGCAGAGCCUGAUGCACCAGAGCUGCUACAUCCCAUCUUUGUGCCUCUUAGACUGAUGGUGGAAACCACUGGAGGGCCAGCGUUAGGUGCAUCGGUGGUCAGUCCUGCUAUGACCAGUGGUGCUGUUUCACUGCUCCAGAAGCACCUGACUGAGGAGGAAAAACAGCUGUGGACUUCCUUAGGACAUAACUGGACAAUCUGUUCGCACCUUAGUGUGUCUGGUUCUCCAUACUCACCUGUCUUUCUGGAUGGGUGGCAGCCUCAGGCCUAUAACUCAACUGGCCAGCUUAUUGAAGAUCCCAUCACGUCACAGCACAAACAAGAUGCUUUUAGGGAAAGUAGACAGGCGCAGACUUUACAUGACCAAGCUCGAAGGACAGCGGAGGGCCCUGGUGCAGGCACUGAUGAAGUAGAAGGAACCUGGCUCCCACCAGAGGGUGAGAGACUUUACUGCUGCAGUUAUGACUUUGUGGCGAGAAACAGCAGUGAGCUUUCUGUACUACAAGGAGAAACACUAGAGGUUAUUGAGUCAUCAAAGAGAUGGUGGAAGUGUCGGAAUCGCUUUGACCAGAUCGGAUUUGUCCCCUCUAAUAUCCUGGAGCCUCUGUCUGCACUGAAUAACACUGGGAGAGACAUCCCAGUGGUACGCAGAGAGUCACAGAAGACGCCUAUUUACCCUCGGACAAAGUACUUCUCAUAUGCUCCACCAAGCCAAGUUGGGACCAGUCCUACCGCUAAAAGCCAAAUGCGACCACAGAGUAUGGUUUUACCAUCUACAACAGAGCAGGAAGAAAACAGUGAGCGAGUCCUAAAAAUGAAUGAUGAGCUUUUUCGGCGGUUAGCUGGGAAAAGAGACUCAGUCCGUCCGCUGGUGGUUCCCCGCACUUCUGACACUUCUUCUCCCCUGAACUACCACUCAUCGUCUGCCGAGGUGGAGGCCUGGCUCACCGCUAAAGGCUUCAGUCAGCAGACAGUUCAGAGUCUGGGCAUUUUAAAUGGAGCGCAGCUUUUUUCCCUGAAUAAGGAGGAGCUCCGCACGGUGUCACCAGAGGAAGGUGCAAGAGCCUACAGCCAAAUUAUGGUGCAGAAGGCCCUUCUCGAGAAUGUGCACAAAGCCUCGGAACUAGAAAUGGUGAUGGAGAAGCAAAAGCUGAAGAUUGACCUGAAAUCCAAGAGCGAUGUAAUGUGACGGUGGUAUUAAAGAUUUGGAUGAUCAAUGGAGAUACCUGUGGUAUUUACUGGAUGCACAAAGUGAUGUUGCAGAUGGGUUUUAAUUGUUACAUACAUGCUGUUACAUCUAGUAUGUGCUACAGAUCUAGCAGCAAAAGCGCACUGUAAAGCUAGCUAGAGUGAGCCAGUAAAGCUCACUCACUAAGACUGUGAUUAACAUUGGGACUAUUUUAGAUUUUUAUAUGUUUUAAACUUUAACUUCUCGCAAGAGUGUUACUUAAGCUAUUCUUACUUUUGAUAACAUUAUAGUUUUUACAAUUUUAAAAUUUCUCUCAUCCUUUGUUUAGGCAAUAUCUAAAUACAAUACACAUUCUGAUAAUUAGUUUGAUGUGUUAACAACAAUGGACUGAAAUUGCUUUUUAGAGCUUUAAAAAAAAUCUAAAAGUGCAUUCUGUUAAAAAUGUUUAUGACUCUACAGAUUUAGAGUUUUUAUUGCUUGCACAUCAAUCUGUAUUAAGACAAUGUUGCUUAUUGCAGCCAAAUGCUGUUUUAGACCAAAUACACAUUCAAUCAAAUCAAUCAAUCAAAAUUGAUUUAUAUAGCACUUUACAGCAACCAGCAGGUAUCCAAAGUGCUUUACAUCAGGAAUCAAGUAUAAAACAA